AUGGUAAUUAGUUGUAAAAAUUAUUUAACUAACAAUCAUACAAUUGAUAUUCGAACACUUGAUAGAAAAGAAUUAUUCAAACAUAUUGAUUAUAUUCAUAAUUUAUAUCAAACCUAUCAUGAAAUAUUUAUAAAAAUAAAACAAAAAAUUGAAAAUUAUUAUUUAAAUAAAACGAAUGAUCAUCUUUCCGAACAUCAUUUAUUUGGUCAACUUGAUUUUCUAAGUCAACGUUUGACUAGAUUUCGUGAAAUAAUUGAAUCAUUUGCAAUCUAUUCUCUUCUAUCAAAAUCUCGAAUGGAUGGUCUUGAACAAAUAACUUCUAUUUAUAAUAAAAUUGAAACAGAAUUUUAUACAUUUAAAUUUAAUUUAUUCAAUCUAAAUGAUAAACAAUUUGAUUUAUUUUAUAAUCAAUUACAUCAUACUCUUUCUGAUAUUGAUAAAAAACUUUAUCAAAUCUUAGAUAAAGAUCUUCAUCGUAUACUUCAUUCACCAUCACAUUAUUCUUAUAAUGCAUUAAAAUUACUUUUACGUUAUGAAAAUUUACAUAUACAAUUUUUUGAUCCAAUUGAAUUCUUAAUUGAUAUUAUUCAAUGGUAUGAAAAAGAAGAACUUGAAAAAGUAAAAAUAAUUUAUAAUCAAUGUCGAAAUACACCAAAUAUUGAACGAGAUUAUCCACCUAUUAUUGGUCGUAUUCUAUGGGCAAGACGAAUGUAUAAACGUAUUCAAAUACCUUAUAUUGAAUUUAUUAAACGUAUUGAAUUAAACGAUCAUCCAAUUAUGAAAAAAAUUACAGAAAAUUUUCUUAUGAUUAUAAAUGGAUUUUCACUUUAUGAACUUUUAUAUCAUCGUCAUUGGUAUAAUACAUUAGGUGAUGUAGUCAAUCUAUUGUGUAAUCCACUUCUUAUUCGACAAAAUCUUAUUCGACAAUUAUAUAUUAAUUAUGAUCCAUUUAUUGAUGUUAUUUUACGUGAAUGUGAAUUAUUAGCACGAUAUUCAAUUACAAUGCCAGAUUUAGGAUAUAAAUUAUUAUUAGAUAGAAAUAGAAUUCGAUUUUAUUAUGAAAGAUUAAAAAAAUUACUCAAAAAUUUUUCGGUUUUAUUGGCUAAAGCACAUCCAACUAGUUAUGAAUUAGUAGAAAAAGUGAUGACACAAGUUGAUAAUACUCUUUCAAUUGGUUUAAAUCGUCUUAAUUGGUUAUCAAAAAAUUUAGAUGAAUUAUUUCUUCCAGCUGAAGAAAAAAUUUCAUUAAUGUCGGAUUUUCUUAGUCAAAUAUCUUCAUUAAUAAUUCAUCGUAUAGAAGAACCAAUAAAUGAAGUAUCUCGUUUUGAAAUUCUUGAAUUUCCUGAUGAUUCAAUUGAUUUUAAACAAUUUGUUAAUGAUAUUCGACAACAAAUUAUAUUUAAAGCUGAAAAACUUAAUUCACUUUCAAUGCAAAUUGAAUCAGCUGCUUUACAUGUUAUACAAAUGUUUUUUGAUAAAGUUGGUUAUAAGUCAAAACCAUUCGAACAAAAAAUUGGAGAUAUUGGUUAUUUAUUUAUAUUAACACAAGAUAAAGAUUAA